CCGCCGCCCCGCGUCCCUGGAGUCGGUCAGCUCGCAGCGCCGCCGAGUCCCCGCGUCUCCGGCGGCCACCACCAUGGCCAGCGCGGAGCUGGCGCGCAAGCUGCAGCGGCGACGGCUGCGAGAGGAGGCGGGAGGCGGCGCCCCGGAGGCCCCUGCCAGGGCACCCCCAAACCCGGAACCCCUACGCAGGGGACCCCCAGCCCCGGAGUCUCCAGCCAGGGGACCCCUAGCCCCGGAGCCUCCAGUCAAGGAACUCACAGUCCCAGAGCCUCCAGCCAGGGGACCCCGAGCCCCAGAGCCUCCAGUCAGGAGACCCCCAGCCCCGGAGCCUCCAGUCAGGGGACCCCCAGUCCCGGAACUUCCAGCCAGGGGACCCCCAGCCCCGGAGUCCCCCGCGACCCCCGACAGUGUCGACCCCGAGCUGAGCGCGCUGCUGAGCCGCCGGCGAGAUAUGCAGGCGGGCGGGGCGCGCCCCCGGCGCCCCCGCGUCUUCAACCCCUACACGGAGUUCCCCGAGUUCAGCCGCCGUCUCAUCAGGGACCUGGAGAACAAGUUUAAACUGUAUGAUGCCGGGCGGGAUGGCUUCAUCGACCUUAUGGAGCUGAAACUGAUGAUGGAGAAGCUGGGGGCCCCCCAGACUCACCUGGGCCUGAAGAGCAUGAUCAGGGAGGUGGAUGAGGACUUCGAUGGCAAGCUGAGCUUCCGAGAGUUUCUGCUCAUCUUCCACAAGGCGGCGGCUGGGGAGCUGCAGGAGGACAGCGGUCUGAUGGCACUGGCCAAGCUCUCUGAGAUCAACGUCGCCCUGGAGGGCGUCAAGGGUGCCAAGGACUUCUUUGAAGCCAAGGUCCAAGCCUUGGCCUGUGCCAGUAAGUUUGAAGCCGAGCUGAGAGCUGAGCAGGAAGAGCGGAAGCAGGAGGAGGAGAAGAGGAGGCUCCGCCAGGCCGCCUUCCAGGAGCUUAAGGCCACAUUUAGCGCUUAGCGUGGUCACUGUGAUCUGCCCACUGCUGUGUCCCUGGGAGAGCUGCAGGCCUCUGCCCCAACCACACCCCACUGAUGAGAACCCUUCCCAGGGAACCAGCUGCCUGCUCUCAGACCCUGUCCCCUGCCUGCCUGCCUUUGUCGCCAGAAGUGCCUUGACCUUCCCCUUCUGCUGUCCCACAUCACACCAGUCUGCAUGUCUUCUCAGAUGUCCUCAAAGGAGAAAAUCCCCUCCAGUCCUGAAGGGGAGGGGGGUUGGUCUGAAUGUCGCUGUUCUCUUGGAUGAUUCUUCUCUGUACUUCUUCCGCUAGCUCCCUGCUUCCCAUUCAGCAUCCCUGUCCUGUUUUGAACCUGGUUCCAGCCCUUAGCUUUUCUAUCUCCUGCCCUUUGAUGAAGAUGAGAUUUGAGGGGAGUCAGGCUGGACCGCUGCCUGUCUGCUCCAACAGGGGGCUCUAUGUGCUGCCCUGGAGACAGAACUGAGCACAAAGCUCUGUCCUUCCCCUCAGCUGUCUCCUCUCCUCUUCAUCCCCAUCCGCUCACACCUCCCCAUCUCAGCCUUCCCCUCCCCCACUUUUAGACACCAGACUGUUUAGCUAUCAGGAUGACAUAAUUAGAAGAUUAACCAGUAGACCUGCCAUCUCUGGUUCUAUGCGAAUUAUAUCAGGGUGGAGCUCUGCCAUCCCCACGUGACAAAUCCAAAGCCUUUCAGAGCCCCCAUGGUCACUGUCCAAGCCCUGCUCCUAGCAGCAGAGGUGAGGAUGUUUUUAAUGCCUUGGGCAUAUCUUAUUCCCUGUGAGUUCUUGGGUUUGUUCACAGACAUCAGGGAUUUGUUGUGUUUUUAAAAGUAAUUGUAUCAGCAACGAUAAUAAUGACAAUAAUUCCUAACGUCAUAUUUACUGCUCCUCUUUUUGUAACUGCUGUCUUUCCUGUAAGGAGACUGCCUGUGUCCUCUACUAUGUAGCGGUUUCUUUUUCAAUAAAGCGUGCAGAGUGAACAUGGCCA